AUGGAGCAUGGAGGCAGGACCGUCACAUUCGCUGCAAGGCCUGUCGAUCAGUGUGACGCCACACCGGAUCAAAUAUGGGCCGCUGCUCCCGCUCCCGAAUGGCCCGUUCAGGCAUCCCAAUCAAGCCAAAGCCAGCCGACAAUCAUCCAUGCCCACCCCGCUCGGCAUCGAGGAACUGUGUUUGGCGAGUCUUUGGGGAGUGCGCCAUUUGCUCUCCGUGCGCGUGCUUUCCCGUGCUUAGCCCAUGAUGACUGGACAUGCCCUGUCGCUUCGGUGAUUCCUCGUCCCGGGCUCCCGGCGUCGAGAAUCUGGAAAUCGGUCCGUGGCGAGUAG